CACCGUUCUCAUCCACAACUCGUCAUCGCUCAUCACAGAUAAAUCCUUUCCCCCUCCAUUUCAUUUCAGCGUCGCGAAAAAUGGUAGUCGUUGAUCCGAAAGCCGUCGCCUCGGCGCACCAGUUCACCGUGGUCAUCGACGGCGUCGAGACGACCGUCCACGAGGGCGUGCUCCGGCGCAACGGCGGCACGGUGGCCGUGGUCGGCCCGGGCGUCCUCGAGGUGAGCCGUCUCCAGCACGUGGUGGUGCGCGGCGGGGGCGGGGGCGACGUGCGCUUCUCCCGGUGCCUGUACGCGGCCGCCGAGGACUGCGGCGCGGCGUCGUUCCACCGGUGCGACGCGGUGCGCGUGGAGGGCGCCCGCGCCGUGGCCGUGCGCCGGUGCCGCUCGGCCGACGUGGAGCGCGCGGGCGCCGUGGCCAUCCGCCGCUGCAAGGGCGCCGCGCGCGUCCGCGGCGCCGGGGAGCUGCGCGUGGGCCGGUGCCGGGAGGCCGACGUCGGCGCGUGCGCCGACGUCGCCGUGGCCCGCUGCCGCGCCGCGCGCGCCGACUGGUGCGGCGCGCUCGCCCUCGGCAGGUGCGGUUCCGCCGACGUCAGCCGCUGCGGCGCCGUGCGCGUCGACCGGUGCCGCGACGCCACCGUGGCCGGGUGCGGCACCGUCGCCGUGCGCCGCGGCAAGGUCAGCAUGGUGGAACUGGACCAGCAGAUGCCGCCGGAUUUCCAGGAUCAGACCCCGAUGUGUCAGCAGGGUGGACCUGUCCUCGCGACGCCGGUGGCAGUCGUGGCCAAGUGAAAGGAGCGAGAUGCAUACUUCGCCCCGUCGUAUCGUACGACCGAUAGUCGCAUUCGUAUUUACGCGCAAAGUAUACAUUAAUAUUUGUAAUAUUAUUGUGUAUAUAUGUGGAGACAAAUCCUUGUUCGAUUAGUCUCGGUAUUGUUCUAAUAUAUGUUAUUGUACUAGUAA